AUGUUUGCUGUCAGAAGCCCUGGCGCUGCCGAUGUCUCCAACGGCACCAAUGGUAUGAAGCGCCGGCGAAACUCUACAAUCUUCAAUCCCAGAUCGCAUGUCACAGAUGAGCUUUGGAGGCAGGCACCUGUACUUUGUGGCAGUACGCGAUUUGAACCGCUGCACGACACAAGAAACAUACUUGUCACUGGAGGAGCUGGAUUCAUAGCAUGUUGGUUUGUUCGCCAUCUUGUUCUCACGUAUCCUGAUCAUUAUAACAUCGUGUCCUUUGACAAACUCGACUAUUGUGCGACCCUCAACAACACAAGGAUACUUGACGAGCUACCGAACUUUACAUUUGAACAAGGAGACAUCACCUCGCCAGCCGACGUGAAGAGCGUCCUUCGCAAACACCGCAUUGACACCAUUUUCCAUUUUGCGGCGCAAUCGCAUGUCGACCUCAGCUUUGGCAAUUCGUAUCAAUUUACAAACACCAACGUCUACGGAACCCACGUGCUCUUGGAGAGGGCACGAGAGCACGGGGUAAACAGGUUUGUACAUAUCUCAACAGACGAAGUUUAUGGCGAUGUGCCCACGGGCGCGGCAGAUCUUAGUGAGACGAGUCUGCUUGCACCUACGAAUCCGUAUUCGGCGAGCAAGGCCGCGGCAGAGAUGAUGGUCAGCGCAUACCGAAGUAGUUUCAAGCUUCCGCUCAUCACAGUGAGAGCAAAUAACGUCUACGGGCCUCAUCAAUUUCCUGAAAAGAUCAUUCCCAAAUUCAUCAUGCUGCUACGACGACACAGGAAGCUUCUUGUUCACGGCGACGGAUCUCCUACGCGACGCUAUCUAUAUGCAGGGGAUAUUGUAGACGCAUUAGACACCAUCUUGCAUAAAGGAGUCAUCGGCCAAAUCUACAAUAUUGCUUCCCACGAUGAAGUAUCUAACAUCGACAUCUGCCAUCGGUUGCUGGGUCUUUUCGCGAUACCACACCAAACAGGCGCCGAGCUGAAGAGAUGGGUACACCAUACGGAAGAUCGGCCAUUCAAUGAUCAGCGAUACGCGACAGACGGGUCAAAACUCGCGGCUCUUGGUUGGCAACCCAGAAUGAGCUUCGACGAGGGGCUCAAGAUUACCGUGGACUGGUAUCGCAGGUUUGGCGAGGUAUGGUGGGGUGAUAUUGGCCGGGUGCUCACCUCGUUUCCUGUUGUCGAUGGGAAUGAGAUUUGGACAAAGGAAGAACACGACGACUUGCCGUCGUCGGAUGGAGAGUACGGCGCAUCAAUGGAGACAGAGGAGCUGUGUUAG